AUGAUGUUAGUGCUGUUUUUAACAGAGACUUUAACAGAGACAGCGCAGGAUAUACGUGCAGUACAACACGUACAGCGCAGGAUAUACGUGCAGUACAACACGCACAGCGCAGGAUAUACGUACAGUACAACAUGCACAGCGCAGGAUAUACGUACAGUACAACACGCACAGCGCAGGAUAUACGUGGAGCAGCUCACUGAAGAACAGAAAAAUGAGUUUAAGGCAGCGUUCGAGGUGUUUGUUCAGGACGCAGAAGAUGGCUGUAUCAGCACUAAAGAGCUGGGGAAAGUGAUAGGGAUGUUGGGUCAGAACCCCACGCCUCAGGAGCUGCAGGAGAUGAUCGACGAAGUCGACGAAGACAGCAGUGGCACUGUGGACUUUGAUGAGUUUUUGGUGAUGAUGGUCAGAUGUAUGAAGGACGACAGCAGAGCGAAAUCAGAGGAGGAGCUGGCCGAUCUCUUCAGGAUGUUCGACAGAAACAGAGACGGAUAUAUCGAUACAGAGGAACUGCGUGAGAUGCUGAAAGCUACAGGAGAGAUGAUCACUGAAGACGACGUGGAGGAACUGAUGAAGGACGGAGACAGAAACAACGACGGGAAGAUCGAUUACGACGAGUUUCUGGAGUUCAUGAAGGGAGUCGAAUAAACCACGACACUCUGACUGUUCUGUAGCCGAGAGUUAAUGGAGUUAGUGGUUUUAAUGGUGUUAGUGGAGUUAAUGGUGGUGGUGUUAAUGCUCAUGUGAAGUCACUGAUUUUAAAUAAUGCCUGUUCAUUUGCAGACAUUGGGGAAAAUUUUAUAUUUAAUAUCAAAUAAAGUUCUGAUUAUGAAAGAAUGUACAGGGAAAAGAUUUUGUACAUGAUAAUUGGACUGUGAUUAUUAUUAUUAACCGUUAUUAAUGAUCAAACUAUUGUUAUUGUUAAACAUACGCAAAUGCUACAAAUCCUUACUUUUUACCCUACCACUAUAAAGUAUGGAGUAACACAUUGCGGGCCAUGCAGCUAAAGGAAAACAAUCCACAGCGUGGUGGUGUAACAGCCUGAAGUGUAGCGGAGGUACUGUCACCAGCCUGGAGUUGAUUAAUUUCCUCUAACAGCAUGUUUUAUUCCUCUUUCACC